AUGGUGGAAAUUGAGGUUAAUGCUGAAAAUGGAGGCGAUUCAUCCUCUUCUAAUCAGAAUAAUACGAAUUCUGGAAAUGUAAAUGUAAGUCUUGCUUAUAAUGAUCCAUUUUAUAUUACAAGUUCAGAUCAAACUGCAAGUAAAUUGGUUUCGAUUAAUCUCAAUGGUAGCAAUUUUAUUAGCUGGAAACGUAAUGUGAGAAGAGCUUUGAUUGCGAAGAAUAAAAUAGGUUUUAUUGAAGGAACUCUUGUUAAACCUGAUGAAUCACAUAAGGAUUAUAAUCGCUGGAUGAGAUGUGAUUAUCUUGUGAUUUGCUGGUUAAUGAAUUCAAUGAAUGAAGAAAUUGGAGAGAACUUUACUUUUGUUGAUAGUUCUGCACAAUUAUGGCAUGAAAUUGGUGAAUGCUAUGGUCAAUCUAAUGGACCUCAGAUUUAUCAAUUGAAACGCGAGUUAGACAACCUUAAGCAAGAAAAUCAGUCCAUUAUGAUGUAUUAUGGAAAAUUGAAGCGUUUUUGGGAUGAAUUACAAAACCUCGGAAGCUUACCAACCUGUCUUAAUAGUGGAUUUGAUAAUGCAAUUAGCAAUAUUCUUGCUAUGGAUCCUCUUCCAUCUAUUAGUAGAGCAUUUUAUUUGGCUCAACAGAUGGAAAAACAGAAGGAAGUGAGUAGUAUGAAUGCUAGUCCAGGAAGUCAUGAGGUUAGUGCAUUUGCUGUUCAGCAGAAACAACACUCUUAUGCUAAGAAUUCUUACAAGAAGGAUUGGAGAAAGGAGAAACUGGAGAGAAUGUGUGAUUAUUGUUUUCCAGAAUGGUUUACAAAGAAAUAUGGGGUCACUACCAAGCUUGCUGCACAAGUGUCUGUUCCAGAUCAUCUUGAUUAUGCAGGAGAUGAUCCUCUUGAAUAUAGUGCUGCUGGACCUUCUGCUACUUCUUAUCACAAUACUGAAGUUCAUGACUCUGCCUUGAUACAAUCUAUAAUGACUGAAGUUAUGAAAGCAAUGAAAGGCAAGCAAGUUGUUGGAGAAUCUUCCAACAAUUCUGUUUCAUAUGCCAAUUGUGCAGGUAUAUCUUUGCUUACUUCUGUUACUGAUAUUUGGAUUGUGGAUUCUGGUGCCACAGAUCAUAUGGCUUUUGAUGAUAAAUUAUUUAUACAUAAAAGAAAGUUAUCCAAGUCUGUUAAAAUUGGAUUGCCUGAUGGAACUCGUUCUUAUGUGUCUGAAAUUGGAGAUGUUGAUGUGUUUCCUAACCUUGUUCUCAAAGAUGUUUUAUAUGUCCCAGUUUUAAGCAUAAUUUGA